UUAGCCUCAAAUUUUGAAAAGGGACAGACAGGCACGGCGCUGGGAUACCUAACAAACUGUGCUGUCAUUCGUCCCUUCCGCGUUGGCAAUUCCGCAGGUGCUGAUUUAGAUCCACGUCAGUUUUGCUUUUAGAACUAUAAACACAGAGCUAACGACCACUGAGACGGCACACAUGCAAUAGCCGUCGGACAUACGUCUAGUCAGAAAUUUACAAGCUUUUGCAAACAUGUCAUUGCUUGAUUCUGAUGACAGCUAUGACUUCGUCUUCAAAAUUGUUUUAGUCGGAGACGUUGGCGUCGGCAAAACUUGUGUAGUGCAACGAUUCAAGACUGGGAUCUUCAUCGAAAGACAGGGCAACACUAUUGGAGUGGACUUUACCAUGAAGACUGUGGAUAUUCAAGGAAAAAGAGUCAAGUUGCAGAUCUGGGACACAGCAGGGCAGGAGCGAUUCCGCACCAUAACGCAAAGCUACUACCGCAGCACCAACGGUGCCAUCAUCACCUACGACAUCACCAAGAGGCCCUCCUUCCUGUCCGUCCCCAAGUGGAUGGAGGACGUGAAGAAAUAUGGCGGCUCCAAUAUCGUCCCACUGCUAGUCGGUAACAAAUCUGAUUUGAGCGAUGUGCGUGAAGUCCCAUUCGAGGAGGCCCAGUCCAUGGCUCACCAGUUGGACUUUAUCAGCGCCAUUGAGACCUCAGCCAAGGAUUCUACUAAUGUGGAAGAGGCCUUCAACAAAAUGGCCGCUGAACUAAUUCUCAGACACGGGGGUCCCAUGUUCAAUGAGAACGUGACUGACAGCUUCAAGCUCAACAGCAAGGAUGUGACUGCAGAAGGCUGGGGCUGCAGUUGUUGAUGCCUGAAGACAGACACCGGGUUGAUCUUUUUCAUUAUCCGACUGGAACGUUUUCUUUUGCCAGUCUUUUAAGGCACACCAUUCGAGUUCCUGUAAGGGACAUUUUUUUUUCUAUUCUCCCAGGGACCAGUAGUGUUAUUUUUUAAUUUAGCAAUAAAUACUUUUUACUGUAGAGGCAGAUUGAUCACAGUCGGCCCUCAGAGGGAAUUCUUUCACCAGGAAAAGCUCAGGAGAAAGAAAGUAGUGGAUCUUCAGCUUACAAACCCUGACCUGUGUGUGCAGACGGUUUGGCAUGUAACGAAAAGGUCUUUCAGAAUGUUCUUAAGCAAGUUUGAAUCACAUGUCCAGUAAUGGACUAGUCUGGCUAAUGCAUUCACAUGUCUCAUUUAUUGAAUGUGGCCCUCACAGUACUGGCAGUUAGAGUUGCUGAAGUGUAGUGACUGCUGCUGCCUAAAGUAAUGAAACAUCUUCAAAUGUUACAUUUUCAACUAGUUUUCUUGCAUUCAUUUUGUUUCCAUAAAAACAAAAUUGCCACAGCAAGGAGUACUAAUAGAAGAUAGUAGUCAUCUCAGACUGAGUGCAUAUUUACAGAGCUAUUGACAACAAUUCUGGUUGUUUAAAGUCUCUCAUAAACACUGACGCAGGUAAACCCUUACACACACUAUAUUACUGACACACUCCAACAAAACCGGGCAGCGUUUCUCUUCAUUGCUCUCAUUUGUUAUUUUACCGCAUAUCAUUUAGGUUGUGUGUGUGUGUGUGUGUGUGUGUGUGUGUGUGUGUGUGUGUGUGUGGGGGGGGGGGGGGAUUCUGGUAUGGCGUGACCAAUAAUGGAAAUAUUGACCAACUGGAUUUUUUUACAUCUCACAGAAUGAACAACAGAAACAGGAAAGAACAUAACAUUAUUGUUUAUUGUUUAUGAUCAGUGCCACAAAAAAGUCUGCCGAUGGUGAGCCUCAUUCUGAGGGUAAUCCUGGGGGAGGGGUGGGGGCAGUUGAGUCUCUGAUUCUUUGGCCUUCUGAUUGGUGGCCUUUUGGCUUCUGCUGCUGUGGCCAGGAUGUGAUGUCAUAAAGGCCCCACAUGUCGCUUGGCUGGAGGAGAGCAGAGAGCCCUCUGCACUUUGGUAUUUGUGUAUCUCUUCCCCCCUCCCUCCCCCCCUGAGUAUAGAGGGAGAGAGGGCUGUGUGUUUGGAUCAGCUGGAGACCAGACAUCCACACAGACAACACUACUGUGGUGUUGCUUUCUGAACCAAUGCUGUGAAGCUCCCUUACUGGGCUGUGUUGUUUUUGGAGUGUGUGAAGGAAAAAGCCUUUUAAAUAGUUUUUUUUAUAUAUAUAUAUAUUUAUAACUGGCAUGUAAAUGUCAACUGCCACUUCUUACUACACACACACACACACACACACACACUGUAUAUACAGAGAGGGAGAGAUAGAGAGAUGGUGGAAUGAUAUAUUACUUAGAUGUGUAGUUGGCUAUAAUUUGUUCAGAGGAGGCGAUCAUGUGAUUUGAGUGGUAUGGAUGUAUUCAAAGCCACUGAGCAUGUGUAUUCUGAAAUCUGAAAGUGUAAGGAAGUUUGUCUGUGCACAGACAAGGAUAUAUUAUGUGUAUCAGAGCCACUGGACUAGUCAUUUUCUCCUAAUAAUCUGUAACAUGGUUUGAGUAGUGACCAGAUGUCCAUUUUAUUUCCACGGACAGUCCAAUGUUUCAGUUCAUGUAUGUCGAAAUGCUAGAUAUUGUUUCACAUUUCCAAGGCAAUGAUAUUUGACUGCAUACUGUGAGUGUAUGUAGUUUUUGUUUUUUUAAUGAAAGUACAAAACAACUUCAUGAAUUGAGAUUGCAACGUUAUGCAUUGUAAAAUAGCCUAUUGAAUUUUGUCAUCUUAGUUAUUUAGAGGAUUUUAAGAAGGUAGGCUAUGUGAGGGAUACAUAAGCAGAUGUGUAUUGUUAUAAACUUCCCUUAUACUCAUCUGAUAAGUCUGCAGACCAGCCAUUCUGCUGGGGUUCUCUUCAAUCAUACUUGGUGUCGUUUCUGUCGGGAGGCAUUUAUGGUGUCGUUUCUGUCGGGAGGCAUUGUUGAAGCACUUUUUUCCAGUGUUAACUUGAACUGCAGUGAUCCAUAUCCAGCCUUGAAAAUAUUACCACACACAGUACAUUCAUCACUCGUUAGUGAAAACCAACCUUAUUUAGGUACAUGGCAUCAUUACAUUUAGUUAAUUAUGGUACCAGAGCCUGGAUUUUAGUUGACUAUUCUAGCUAAUUGGUAUUUGAAAAGCACAUAUUCAGGUACUGUAAUUCAGGACUCAGUACAACUUCUGAAUGUUUCCAGUGAUUCCAAGUGAGAAGGCCUUUGUGAAUGAUGGAUUUUUAUAUUGACCUUCAAAGAUUUGUAUUCACUUUUAUUAAAUUGGAAGAGAAAGCUGUCUGAUUGAAAAUGCCUUCUUGUUACCCAGGACAGAUCUGUUUCUUGGAUGCUAUGUACUAGGAUGUGACCUUGGUUAAAUGUAUAUGAAGGUUGGUUCUAGAGGUUUUGAGUGCCUUAAAAUAAUUUUGAUAUCAAUAGAAAACAAUUACUGAUAGCAAUAGCCAUAAGACAUGUUACUAUGCAUUAUCUGAUAAUACUAUGACACAAGUUAUUGUUUUGAAUUCUGUUUGUAAUCCUUUUAUGUUUUGAGUAAUUUGAUGCUCCGAAUGAUCUGUUCAUAUUGAAUAAAACAUAAUAUAAAUAAUU